AUGAGCUUGACUGCCCCAUCUUCGCCGAGGCAUUUCUCUGGCUGCUUCUUAAGCGCACCAACAAGCCCACGAAGACUCACCGAGUUGUACAGAGACUUUGACAAGGACGCAACGAGAACUUUCUCCGACCGUCUUACGAUUCCUUUUGAUUGGGAAGAGACUCCAGGCACUCCUAGGAAGAACAUCAACGAUGAAGUAGAUACUGUCGAUGAUUUUGCUUUCGCGGUCGGCGAGAAGUUCGAGACGACGUCGCUUUUCGCCGAAGAGCUCUUUGAUGGAGGCAAAAUCAAACCCUUGAAGCCUCCUCCCUAUUUACAAUUAGAUCAUCAACAUCAUCAGUUCACCAACAGUUUUUCGCCUCCGAUUUCUUCUCCAAGGUCUCCAAGAUCACCUAUUGCUCAUGGUAAAAGCAUUAUCCGCAAAGCUUUUUCCCCAAGAAAGAAACCCGUAGAGGUGGAUCCGUUUGAGGUCGCCAUAGAUAACGCUCGGAAAGGCCUAGGAGAGGAAAGAGGGAGAGAGAGACGUCAAAACUCGAGCCGUAGAGCGGCCCGAUCACUUUCUCCUUUUCGGGUUUCGGCUUAUCCUUGGGAAGAACUAGAACAAGAACAGAGAGAGGUACAAGAGCAGAGGAAAGGGUCCUUCUCUUCUACAUCAUCAUCAACUUGCGUGUCCUGCAAGUCAUCUUCCUCGAAAAAAUGGAGGCUGAAGGACUUUCUUCUGUUCCGAAGUGUAUCAGAGGGAAGAGCAAGGCACAACAAAGAUUCGGUAAAGACGUUUUCGGGUUUGUUCAGGAAACAAGAAGACAACAAGGACUCGAGCUCGCGAGGAAAAGGGUCAUCCAUCUCCGCGCAUGAAUUCCAUUACAAGGCUAAAAAAGCAGAAACGAAAGAUUUGAAGAAGAAGACUUUCUUGCCUUACAUGCAAAUAGGACGAUUCGCCUUCUAA